CUGGCUGCACACCGCAGUCGUCUGUUUAGCUUCUGAAAGCUUCCAAGCAUGGUGAACUGGAGACCACUUUAACAAACUGGAAAGCCAAGGCCGGGUAGGAACUGGAAUCAUGAUUGCCCUUCUGACAUUGCUUGCCCUGAGCCCUGCGGCUGCAAAGCCCAAUGCAGGUUUGAGAACGUGGAGACGCUUUGAGAAACUGCCCUAUCCAGGAGACAAGGCUUUCCUCUAUGAUACCUUCCCCAAGGACUUUGUAUGGGCGGUGGGCACGGCGGCGUACCAGGUAGAAGGGGCGUUUGAAAAGGAUGGCAAGGGACUCUCCAUCUGGGACACCUUUACACGUGGUGGGAACCGCAUGGCCAAGGGAGACGUGGGCAGCGACAGCUAUCACAACAUCCACGCAGACAUCCGAGCCAUCAGACAGCUCGGGGUCAGCCACUACAGGUUCUCUCUGUCCUGGUCUAGGAUAUUCCCCAACGGCACGCGCGGGAGUUACAACGAAAUCGGCACAAAUUACUACCGGACCCUCAUCGAGAGACUGAAACAGAUCCACGUGCAGCCGGUAGUCACACUGUAUCACUGGGACCUGCCCGACCACCUCCAGCAGAGCAUGGGGGGCUGGAGCAACCUGGAGCUUGUGGAGAUCUUUAAGGACUACGCUGAUUUCUGCUUCCACACGUUUGGCGAUGAUGUGAAGUUCUGGAUCACCAUUGAUAACCCGUUUGUUGUGGCGCAACACGGAUAUGGCACUGGAGUGGUCGCCCCCGGGAUAAAGAACGACCCUGAUCUCCCUUUCCGGGUUGGACACAAUCUCCUCAAGGCUCAUGCAGCUGCGUGGCAUCUCUACAACAGUCACUAUCGCCCCCGACAACAUGGCAAGGUCUCCAUAGCACUGGCCUCUCACUGGAUCAAGCCCAGUCGCACCCGCUUGGAAAGCCUGAAAGAGUGCCAGUGCUCCCUGGACCAUGUCCUGGGCUGGUUUGCCCGGCCGGUGUUCACGGAUGGAGACUACCCUCUGUGCAUGAAGGCAAGGUUGGGUUCGCGACUACCUUCCUUCACCCAGGAUGAGAGGGAGCAGGUGAGAGGAACAGCUGACUUCUUUGCCCUGUCUCACGGAGCAACCCUGAGCUUCCAGCUCAUCAAUGACAGCCUGAAGUUUGGGCAGACGGAGGAUCUGGACCUGAGGAUGCUGCUUUACUGGAUCAGCGUGGAGUAUGAUAAGCCACCCAUCUUUGUGGUGCAGAGCGACUGGUACGUCCUUGGCAGCACCAAGACAAAAGAUCCAAAACACAUGUACUACCUCAAGAGGUUCAUUGCCGAAACACUUAAAUCAAUCAUCAUAGAUGGAGUGAAUGUGAUUGGAUACACAGCCUGGUCUCUGAUUGAUGGCUUCGAGUGGCACAGAGAAUACGGGAUUCGGCGUGGACUGUACUAUGUUGACUUCAACACUCCUGACAUGAAGAGGGAGCCGAAGACAUCUGCUACCUUUUACAGAAACGUUAUCCACAGAAAUGGUUUUCCAGAACUUCCAGAGAACAGACCGGCACAAGGACUCUUCCCAUGUGACUUUGCCUGGGGUGUAUCAGCCAACUCCAUACAGGUGGAGACAGCUCCCACCCAGUUUGUGGACCCCAGUGUUUACCUCUGGAACAUCUCCAACAAUGGUGAGCUGAUUAAGCUAGAGGUCCUCGGCCCGCCACCCUCCCGCCGAGCCACACACUGCGCUGAUUACGCCACCAUCCGGCAGCAGGUGGAUGAAAUCCAGCAGGUUGGGGUAAACCACUUCCACUUCUCCCUCAACUGGUCUGCUCUGGUGCCAACAGGUGAUGUGGCUCAUCCUAACGUCACCCUGCUGGGAUACUACCGCUGCUUCACCCGUCAGCUGCUGCAGGCCAAUGUCGCGCCUGUGGUCACCCUGUGGCACCACACACGCCAGCGCAGCAGCCUGCCGGCCCCGCUGGACACUACCGGGAAGUGGCUCAACAGGAAGACUCCCGAGGCCUUUGCAGACUAUGCCAGGCUUUGCUACAGAGAACUGGGGGCCCAUGUGAAGAUGUGGAUCACGCUGAAUGAGCCCAAUGAUGAGAUGGUGAGCUACCAGGAGGGGCAUCAGAUGCUGCGGGCGCACGCUCUGGCUUGGCAUGCAUAUGACCGGGAGUUCAGACAUCUGCAGGGAGGACAGGUGUCACUGGCUCUGCACAUGGACUGGGUGGAGCCAGCGUUCUCAUUUAGCCGGGAAGACGUGGAGCCUGCUAAGAGGGUUUUAGACUUCUGCGUCGGCUGGUUUGCAGAGCCGAUCUUUGGCAGCGGGGACUACCCUCAGGGAAUGAGGAGCUGGCUGCGUCAGCUCAACUCGCUUGACCUGCCAGUUUUCAAUGAGGAAGACCAGCAGCUGGUUAAAGGGACAUAUGACUUCUUUGCUCUUAGCCACUUCAGCUCCAAGCUUGUUACUCAUGCCAAGGAAGACUCAUACACCUACAUAGCGAUGCUUGAGGUCCAGCACAUGAUAGACACCACAUGGAUCAUGUCGCCGAGGCCUGUUGUGCCCUGGGGUCUGAGGAAAGCGCUCAACUGGGUGAAGCAGCACUAUGGUAAUGUAUCUGUCUAUGUAAUGGCUAAUGGAGUCCAGGAAGACCCGGCCCGCUUCAAAGACAGCCUGAGAAUUUACUACCUGUACAACUAUAUUAAUGAGGCACUUAAAGCGUACACACUAGACGGUGUAAACCUGAGGGGAUACUUUGCUUACGCCCUGAACGACCAAAGGGACCCAGGGUUUGGCUUGUAUGGCCAAGUCCAUGAAGAGGUCAUCAUCAAGUCCUCUCUCUCUAACUACCAGAACAUCAUCCAACACAAUGGCUUUCCCAUUCAAGGAGCUGCUCCUCAGCAGUGUCCCACUGUGCCACAACCCUGCCUGGGCUGCCAGGUUCUGGUCAAGAGGCCUGUGGUGGGCUUCUUGACGCUGGUAGGUUCUGGGGUGCUGAUCACUCUGGGCCUCAUCAUUUACUACACAGCCAAGAGACACAAGGAGUGUUACUGA